GCGCCGCGCGCCGCAGGCCGGGCCCGCGCGCCCGCCCGCCGAGUCGUUCCUGCAGAACGGGCCGUGCUUCGAGGUGGCGCCGCGCCUGGCCAAGUGCCGCGAGUGCCGCUGGUCGCCGGCGCAGCGCGACAAGGACAUGCCGAACAUCUUCUGCCGUUUCUACGCUUUCCGAAGACUGAAGUACGCCAAGAAUAGGCAACUAGCUAUAGCCGGGUUCUCGGACCCGUACAAGGACGCUGAUGAGGAGGAUAAAAAAUUAUGGCUGUCAUCAUCCGCCGGAGCUGCGGAAUUAGAUAUAGAAAUGAGUUGCUUCCUAUUGAGGGAGAUUGGAGACCAGUUCUGUGAACUGCUACAACAAGAAAAAGAGGCCGAAUCGCACCAUUUAAAUGACGAUAAGACGAUAGCAUGGAAGCGCGUGGUACAGGGGGUUCGGGAGAUGUGUGACGUGUGUGAAACGACGCUCUUCAACUUCCACUGGACCUGCGGCAAAUGCGGCUUCGUCGUCUGCUUAGAUUGCUAUAAGUCAAGGACAUCAGGCAGUGAGUCAAGUAACAAUACCAAUGAAACAAAUAAUACUACUAAUGUUAGCAGCAAUGGCGAAAGAGAUUCCUUCGGCUGGUUGACGUGCACCUCGGGCGGCGCUCACCCGGCCCGGCGGCUGCUGCUGACGCAGAUCGCGGCGGGAGGAGCGUUGGCAGCGGCGGCGGCGCGGGCACACGCGGCGCGCGCGGCCUGGUCGCUGCCCGCUUGCGCCUGUGGCCUACAUCCCGCGCCCGCGCCCGCUCAUAAGCAAGCCGCCAAGCAUCUGCUGCAUCGAGCGCUCAAUAAGAACAUCAAAAAGGAGGAUGUCAAAGAAGAAAACGCGUCUACAAACGGUUCUUCACCAGUCAAAUCAGAAAACGGGAAAACUAGUAAUAGUGUCGUCAGCUGGCUGUCGGACAUACCCUUGAAGACCGAGACAAAAGAGGAGAAAUCCGACUCUAGUUCUUCCGAUUCAGAGGAGGGCGGGAACUUCUCGACUCUCCGGGAGUUGUUGAUAAGACCGGCGCCCGAGGGCGGGGAGGCCCAGCCCAAGAAGAAGCAGAAGAAGAACAAGGGCGAUACGUUGGACGAUGUGAUAUCUAGUGUUGUGGAUGAGAAAAAAGAUGAGGAUGAGGACUCCAAGCCGUUUGCGCUGUCGAAUGUGGUGAAACGUUACGAGCGCGGCGGGCGCGGGCGCGAUGACCUGCCCGUGCGGAUCAUGACGCUCACGGAGUCCAAACUGCUGUAUCCCGACGUGCCGCACGCCUGGCUUUGCGACGGCCGCCUGCUGCACCUCACCGACCCCACGCAUGCCGGCAACUAUAAGCCCUUCCAGGACCAAUGGAAGCGCGGCCAACCCGUUCUAGUCUCAGAUGUGUCGACGAUCCUCGACAAGGACCUGUGGAGCCCCGAGAGCUUCUCGCGCGAUUUCGGCGACACGCGCGUCGACCUCGUGAACUGCGCGUCCGGGCUCGUCGUGCCCAACCAGCCCGCGCGCAAGUUCUGGGACGGCUUCGAGCUCGCCGCCAAGCGCCUGCGCGACGAGCGCGGCGCGCCCAUGGUGCUCAAGCUCAAGGACUGGCCGCCCGGCGAGGACUUCGCCGAGCUGCUGCCCACGCGCUUCGACGACCUCAUGCGCGCGCUGCCGCUCGCCGAGUACACCUCGCGCCACGGCAAGCUCAACCUGGCCGCGCGCCUGCCCGAGUGCUUCGUGCGCCCCGACCUCGGGCCCAAGAUGUACACCGCGUACGGCGGCGCCGGCGGCACCACCAACCUGCACCUCGACGUCAGCGACGCCGUCAACGUCAUGGUGCACGCCAGCGCGCCCGCCGACGCGCCCGAGCGCGCGCGCGAGGCCGCCCGCGCCGCCGAGGAGGCCGGCGUGGACGUGCUGUCGCGGCGCCGCGCGCGCGUGCGCCCGCCGGCCGCGCUGUGGCACAUCUACGCGGCGCGCGACGCCGACAAGAUCCGCGACUUCCUGGUGCGCGCCGAGCUGGAGCGCGGGGCGCGGCCGCGCGCGGCGCACGACCCGGUGCACGACCAGACGUGGUACCUGGACGCGGCGCUGCGCGAGCGCCUGUACCGCGAGUACGGCGUGGAGGGCUACGCCGUGCUGCAGUGCCCGGGCGACGCGGUCUUCGUGCCGGCCGGCGCGCCGCACCAGGUGCGCAACCUGCUGGACUGCAUCAAGGUGGCCGAGGACUUCGUGUCGCCGGAGAACGUGUCGCGCUGCUUCGAGCUGGCGCAGCAGUUCCGGCGGCUGUCGCACCAGCACUCCAACAAGGAGGACAAGCUGCAGAUCAAGAACAUCGUGUACCACGCGGUCAAGGACUCGCUGUGCUGCCUGGAGGAGGCGUUCGCCGAGGCCGCCGAGUAGGCCCGGCGCCGCCCGCGUUUGAUCUCAACCUCGACGUAACAUUAAUCGCUAAGUUCCGCAUUUAACGUAAGAUUGGGAGCGAGUGUGAUACGCGCUGUGCGCCGUUUCGUGUAUAAGAUGCCAUUUUUAAGCGUCCGAGUGGAAUGUGUACCAGUUAUGUGUGUAAAUGUACUCGAAAUGUGAUUUGUCCGACGGUCGCGAUCGGAGUUCGUGCAAUGUAAAUUAGUCUGAUUAUCGUGAUAUCGUUGAAAUGUGGAUAUGUUUUAUGUUCCUUAAUCGAAAUACAAAUAAACUCUUCUUAUUACAGCUUAAUUGUAGCUAUAGUGAUAUGUAUGUAUUGUGUAAAUUUUUAAUUCGAAUUCCAUCGAGUACAUAUUAAGAAGUGUAUACUUUUAAGUUAUUAUAUUGAAGUAAAACGUAUUCGCUCGAAGCAUUGUACAUCAAACACGGCGUGUAGAUAAGUUUCUCCUAUUAUUAGAUUUCUCAAUUUGGUUAGUAUGUUACAAAAUGAUAGAUAACGAAAUAUGUGACAAUUUCAUUUUGUCCUUAUUGCUGUAUUAGACGAAAGCAAGUUUUUUUUGUACUGUGUAUAUUAUGUAUGGUUAUAAGUUGGAAUAAAAAAAGAUGUUUAUAUUA